AGUUCUACCGUAUUUUCAACGAGAUGGUAACCCGCGAGCCGGUAGCAACGGUUAAUUUCCAUCACACAAUAGUCUAUGUUGCCAACUUCGAAUUGCCUAAAAAAAGAAAGGUUUCGUAUCAAGAGAAGUGAAAUAUAUGGAUAAAAAGACUGGCGAAACCAUCAAUUAUCAUGGAUAUUUGUAUUUGUACAAAAAACCAACACUGGACCUGGCCAAUCGUGACAUGCUGUACAAGCUCUACAGAUACAAACCAUUGAUAAUUUUCCGAACUUUGGUCGGUCGAAAUGGAUAUGAUUUCCGGGUGGGCUCAAGAUGGGAUGACAAAAUAGGAGAUCACACUGAUCAUGUCAAAUGUAUAGAAUCCACAAAAUAUUCUGAUCACAAAUAUGAGGCAUUCAGAACACAAUUGCGAUCUAAGACCAGAGUGAACCAGAGGGCUUUCUCUUCAAUAGCAAUGGAUCGCCUCAGGGAACCCGAAUUUCUCACAUAUGAAAAGGUUGAGAUCCAGGAGUGCAACUCCGAAGAUAAUAAAAUCAAAUUUCUAAGAGUGAAGAACGUUAUCGAUUUCGCAACAGAUAUACAAGUACAUGAAAUUGAGACGUACGAUAGUGUUCGGAUCUCGUACAAAUACGUUUACGAUUUUUUGGGUGGAAAAUAUAAGCAAAAAAAACAUGUGCGAAUCGUUGAGAUAAAGUAUUUGGAGCCCAAAAAACCGUUCACAGUGCUCAAAUAUACGGGAACAUUGGAAAUGGAAAACCCCGCUCACUUUGAGGAUGACAGCUUUGACUAUGAGUUGACAAAAACAGUAGAUGACAUAGUUCAAAUAGUGGGCCAACACCAUGUUAGAGAUGAAAGUCUGUCGCACACAUUCAAUCUCAGUCAGUGGUGGGAUCAAGAUAUCAGCAUCAACGGAUCUAGCAAUAUCAUGCUAGGCUCCACUCCUCAAACGACUCUUGGAUCUGCUACGGAUAUAGCUGAGUGUUUUGAGAAUAAGGAAGCUGAGAUGCCUGAUACUCUAGUUACGCUUACUGACCUAUCAGGAGGUAAUGAGCAUGUACUUAGUGGACCUCAAGCUACUAAACUAAUUGAAUACAAUAAUUUCAUCACAUUCGAAUCAAAAAUCAGUUGGAACUGCACUGUCAAGGUUCAGGACAAAGAGUUUACCUUCCAGAAAGGUGUAAUUGAUGGUUUAAUAUCUCGUGAAAAAGCAGUAGAAUCAAAAUCAGUCAGAUAUCCUGAUAACGUUCAAUUGCGCUUUGUGGCGAGCAUUGAUAAGGCUGGAAAAAGUGAACACAAAAUCAAAUUCCGUGACACUUUCUACUGGCAAAACGAGGGGCAGAAUACACCAAAUCUAAUUCAAUAUCCGGGACUAAGUGUUAUCAAAGGGGAAGAAAAUGGGAAAUUUGAUAGCGACCAAUGGUGGAAGUGUGGUACUCAGCCAAUACCAAACAAGGAUCCCAUUCAAGGGGAAGUCACUUAUGAAAGACAAAACAACAUAUUGGAUAAACCCUUCCUGUAUAGGACACAAAUCAGUAAAACAGGAGUCACUCUUCAACUCGGAUCACAAUGGAACAGAAUUUUGGAAUCUCGGCCAGGAAAAAUCAGAUGCAUGAGGAGUGCUAUGAAUUACAAAAAUAAUUUUGAUGAAUACUAUAAAACGUACCUUCUGACCAAGGUCAGGGUGCAUAAUGACGAGGUUACCAUCAAAGACGUCAAACUAUUCGACGAAUAUUUUGAGAGCAUUAAGAAGGAAGUUUGGUCAUGCAAAGCUGGAAGUAAACUAUUUCGCAGAGUACUGAAUCAUUUCACAACAAAACCAAAGCAUUGCAACGAUAUUAAAGACAUUUUACAUCCCGAGGGAUUCACGUUUCUAGUCGGGCAAUACACUUUUCGGACUACCGGUUGUAUGGAGAUUGUCGAAAUAAAAUACGUUGAACAGAACUCCGAUAGAAUAUUCAGAUAUGAUGGUGAGCUGCAGCUUGAAGAUGAGAAUGGGGACGAUGAUGUUAAUUAUAAGUUUUCAAUAAAAGCUGAAAGACUGAAAAACGUUGCAAAGAAAGAUACAUUUUAUUCUCUGCACAAAGCGCCAGAACCGUACGUUUUGAAAACAUUUGUCAGUCCUCAAGGUUAUAUACUAGAAGUUGAUGACACCAAGCCUGAAGUCUUGCCGCUCAAUAACUUACAAGCAAAUUUCAGAUGCGCUCGUAUGACAGCUACAGAAAUAGACUUAUUGAAUAUGACGACAUCAGAUCCCUUUUCAAUCAGCUAUGAACUCAAAGAAAACAAGAUGAAAGUAGUCUCUCUGCCGCUUUCCAGCUGCUUCAAACAAAAAAACUCUAGUCUGGGAAUGCAAGGCAGAAGAUGAGGAAAGCUUCUAUCGAGUGGUAGAUUUAGCGGUGACAAAGAAACGAACUGAUGGGAAAAUGUGCCAAUUAUCACGAGUCUAUCACUACCUCGCAGUUACAGUCAAUGUUAAAAGAUUUAAGAAAGGCCCCGUGCCGAAAGUUCAGAUUCGGCACAUAAGAUAUUUCGAUAUUGGAACGAGAUCUCAAGUGAGAUUUGAUGGAUUCUUGAAGAACAACAUUGAUGAAACAACAGACGUUGAUGAUUCGUCAUUACAUUUUGUCCAAAGACAGGUGCAUUUCAUGCCUGAACUGCUGCUUUCAAAGCAGCUUCUCGAGAACGGAAAUAGAGAAACAAAUACUGUUCAUGUUGAAUUUGGCUCUCCAUGGAUUGCUAUUAAAGGUUUCCAUCAAUCACGUAAAGAAAAGGCAUUAUGCAUGGAGUUUCAUGAUCAAUCUUACUGUGCACUAUGUGGAACAUACAUAUUCAGCAGUAAUAGAAUAGAUCAGAGAGAGAAAAUACCUCGAAGAUUGGAAAAUGAAACAAGUAUUACUUUGGAUGAUUUCAAAAUAGCUAAACAGAGAAAGUACAUGUGCUAUACUGAAAAGGGGGUAUUUUUCUCCAGAAUUGAGAAUACUUUAAUGCAGCUUUCAGGAGCGAACCCAGUUUUUUAUCAAAAUGAUGGAAUAAAAGUCGACUUCCAAUAUUUACCAGAUGGCUCCAAGGUCACGAAAAUUACUGAAAUCAAAUAUGUAGCAUUCUAUAAUGCUCCCGAACAUAUCGGGAGAGAAAUUAAAUAUGACGGUAUCGUAACGGUAGUGGACAGGAUGAUGCAUCCUCAAAUUCAAAAAUGGUUCAAAAUUCCUGAAUUUUUGGAGAAUGAUGAAAGCAAAAUAGCAGCGGAGUUUAAGAGAGGUGAUAACUCCCGAUAUUGGCCGCUUGAAUGGCUUCGUGCGCAUGCACUGAAACAGAGU